AUGUCUGACACUCCUCCACCCACCCCUUCUGAUGCUCCACUGUCGCCUUCGUCGGACCAUUCCCGCUCCCCCACGCCUUCACCGGGACCGUCCGUCGUGCCACCGGGUGCGCCAACCACACCGAAACCUCGCAUGAAAACGGCAAAUACGACACCGUACAAGGCUCAAUGGAGUGUCUCUGGCCGUACCCAACACGAGACCGUAAAAAGGAGCAAAGGAUUUCAUGCCUCUCUGUACGGCUCUGAGGCCGGCGAGCACCUGCUGGGCGCCUUAAAAAUGGACGCUUUUUUGUCCGUAUGCUUCCCAUACACGGACUCCGACGACAGAUUCUCGAAUUUCAAUACUACUCGCAUAGAAGAGCUGCAAAAUUUACUGGGGAAAAUAGAACCGGGGGAGAUGUACGACAAGGAGAGACCGAUGUAUAAGCAUAUUUGCAAAGCACUGCAGUAUAUUCUCAAUGCCUUCAAGUCCGAUCGAUCUCUGCACCCGCUGGCGAUUUACGACACAUCUCGGGCGUACGAACGAGGCGAUUCGAAACUCCGUCGCAUCGCGCCUGAUCUGAUGAUACAGGCUGGCGAUGAAACCGGGGAGAAAGAACCAUGGAGCCAUGCCCUCGGUCUUAUCGAGGUGAAGCCGGACAGAAAGGAGGAUCCGGCUUGGCAUAACAACCCUAGUCGGGAUAUGACCAGUGUUCAAACGAACGCUUGGAACCAGCUUCAGGAAUACGGUGCCGUUGCCUUUCAAGCUCGUCCGCGAUGUUACUUGCUUGGUAUGGGUUUCUACGAUGAUAUCGCCCGAUUCUACCGAUGGGACCGUUCAGCGGUCAUCUUGUCGGAAGCGUUUUCGUACAAAACAAACUGCAGGCCUUUGGUGGAGUUUCUGUACGGUUUUGCGACCUAUGGAAACAACACCAUGGGCACUGAUAGUACGAUAAAAUCCGUCAAGCCUCUUCCCAUCCCGCUGCCUUCCUUGCUGCGAUUAUAUGAUAAGGCUAUUGAAGCCGGCAUUGUUGACCCUAAGACGAAGGUCAAAGGUGCCGAUUUCUCCGCCGGUUGCUUUGAGAUACUGGCUCCUGCAGGCAAGACGUCUCCUAUCCCUGAUGACGUUUCAUCCUCUGAAAGCUCCGUAUCCACUGGUCCUGCGGGUGAAACUUGUGCGGAACCAGAGACGUACGUGUCGUUGGGUGAUCCGCUCUUCAGUGCGCGUUCCCUCUUCGGUCGCGGAACCAAGACUUGGUUGGCCAUUUCAGCCGCGGCGUCGGUGCCGCUUCCCUCCCCGGACAAGGAGAUGGAGCAGUGUGUGAUAAUAAAGGACGCAUGGCGCGAGGAGGAUCGGUUGAGUGAGAAGGUAAUCUACGAACGGAUUCACGAGAAAGGCCAUGUAUUCGGUGUGGCCCGGUGCCGAGGGGGCUUUGACGUCGGUGAUGUGGCGGACGCAGAAGAGAAGCCUUGUCACGAAACUUGCGCAUCGAGGGUGAACCCUCACUUGCCGAAGGACAAGGACGAAUAUCGCCAUCGUAUCCAUCAUCGAUGUGUUCUUGAGUCGGUUGGUAUCCCCUUGACUCGAUUCCGCUCGACUCGAGAACUGGUUGAGGCGGUAAGAGACGCCGUCAAAGGCCUCAGUGAAAUGUCCGAGAGGGGCAUUAUUCAUCGCGACAUAAGUAUAAACAAUAUUUUAAUCAGUGCUUGUCCGAGCGCAGAACACGGCGCGGUAGGCUUUGUCAUUGAUCCCGAGUAUGCCGCGUUUCUGGAGGACGAGGAAUCGUCAUCGAUUCUUCGGAGAAUCACGGGAACCGUCCAGUUUAUGUCUAUACAGUUCCAGAAGUUGAACGCGGUCGUCGUACAUCAAGCGUGGCAUGACCUCGAGUCUGUCUACUGGGUCCUUCUCUAUGCUGUGAUCUGCCAUCUCGACACCAACCUUACGUCACAACAAGUGCGACAGAUUUUUGACGCCGAAAGCGGGAGUGGCAAGCUCAGUUGGAUCUGGCACAAUCAAUUUCAGGGUCUCGAGGUCACUGGACAUCCCCCACUUACUCGAUGCCUCCUUCAGCUCGGUCGACUAGUUGCUAGCCAUCACUCUCCAGACCUGCCGGAGAACAAAUCAAAGCUUCUGAACCAUCGCCGGUUUCUGAGGGCAUUGAAUCGCGCGCUUGCCUCUCGUAGCUGGCCGGAGCAUGACCCUGCGGCGGGCGAAUUCAAGCAGAGUCCUGAAGAAAUCACGCAGAUCAAUCGGAUCACGGCCAAGGCAGUCUCUUCUGCUAUACGGUCCUCGCAGGCCAGUGGCAUGUCGGACGCGAUCACGUCAGAUGCAUCAAGGCAGAGCGCCUCGCGGAAACGCAAGGCUCACGAGGGCAAAGAGGAAGCCCAACCUCAGCCUUCCUCCUCCGGUACAAAGCGGCUCAGGAGCGAGCCCUGA